AAGUGUAGCUUCCUAUAGCUGGUCAGGGGUAGACAUUGGCCCUUUCCCAGCCAGCACUUACCACAGCAGGGGGAGACUGAGUUAGUUUAUGAGGCUAUUUAGAAACUCUGUCUCAGGCCUGAGGACUUGGGACAAGAAAAACUUGGCUCCGCCCAGCUCAUGGCCACGCCCACCCCUCUGAGGCCCGUAUGGGCAGUUGCCUAGCAGCAGAUGUUGCUCCAGUCCUUGACAACCUCCAGCAGCCAGGAAGAAAGAAGCACCAUGCCCAAAAAUGCGGUAGUGACCUUGCGCUACGGACCCUACAGCGCAGUGGGCCUGUCCGUGGAGCACCGCACCUACCGCCUGGAAGCUGUGUUGACCAAAGAUGGACAUGAGGUCAUCUUGGAGCAGAUAGAAGACUGGAAUCUGGUGGAGCUUGUGGUAAAUGAAGAAACAGUCUUCCAGUGUGAUAUCCAAGACCUGGAGUUUGGGGGUGACGGCAAACUAGACCCACUGUGUGAAGAGGCCAGGAUCGCUGUGCUAAAUGCCUUCUGAUAUCUUGGAGCAGACAGAAGAAAGUCAGCUAUGCCCUCCAGUCUGCAAUACCAGCCCAAAGGGCUUAUUGGGCACACAGACAGUGGGAUCCACCAGUUAGAACACGGCAAUGACGCCUGUCCUCUAGUCUGAACAGUUUGAGUUUCUCAUCUGGCUGCACAGUCAUUCACAAAGAUAAUAAAACCACCUCUCUGGCAGCAUCUCUCAGUGGCAACCCAUAGGGAGAGCCCACCAAUAUCAGGUGCAUGUGUAUCCGAAGGAAAUAAUAAAAUGCAAUCUAAUAACAGAGCGCCGUCCCCUAAUAAAGUACUGUUGCCAGAAGCA